CGCCACACCGAUCACAUGUGGGAGGAUUCCUUCCAGGAAAGCGCAUACCAGCACAAGCCCGUCUGCCAGUGGGUAACGUGCUACGGCUGUCACAUACCAUCUAACGCGGUGCCUGGCGGUGAAGACGGCGGAGAGACCGCCUUCAUAGGACGCGCGGUGCACGACGAUGACGUCAUCCCGGGCAAGGUCCUACCUUCACACAGCUGCUGCUACGUCUCAUACGCCGGCGUCGAGCACAGUCACAAGGAAUAUCAGGUACUCGUCUCCGACGGCACCCCGAUGGCGUGGGUACCAGCUUCCCACGGCUCCGUGCCAAGCGGAGCCAUCCAGGGGGGUACUUGCGGCAGUGGAGAACCGCUGUACAUCGGCCGCGCCUACCACAACGGCACACUGACCAUCGGCAAGGUGCACCCAUCGCACAACUGCCUGUACAUCCCGUACGGUGGCGACGAGCACCGCUACACCGACUACGAAGUGCUGGUUUGCAAGACGAUCAACUUCACGCCUGUAUUUAUGGGCGUCAUUUCGCGGCAGCGAAAGCACUCCUGCCUCUUAACAGUUCACUUCGCUCGGGACGCAAUGGAGGCUUUCGGUGCACCCACGUACCGGCCCGUGUGCGAGUGGGUCAUGUGCUUCGAGAACCGCAUCCCGUACAACGCGGUGCCCGGCGGUGAAGACAGCGGAGAGACCAUCUACAUCGGCCGCGCCGUGCACAACGGCGAGGUGAUACCGGGCAAGGUGGUGCCGUCUCACAGCUGCUGCUACGUGGCCUACGACGGCGCCGAGCACAGCCACAGGGACUACCAGGCUCUCAUCUCGGACGGCACCCCGUUCGCAUGGGCGCCGGCUUCCGACGGCGCGGUUCCCACGGGCGCCGUCCAGGGCGGCGUGUGCGCUUCGGGAGAGCCGCUCUACAUCGGCCGCACCUACCACGAGGGCACGCUCACCAUCGGCAAGGUGCAGCCUUCGCGCGGCUGCCUCUUCAUCCCGUACGGCGGCGAGGAGCACUGCUACAGCGACUACGAGGUGCUGGUGGUACAGACGGUCAACUUCUGAGACGCCCGAGCCUCGUCGAGUGGCAAACGAAAGAUCUACGUCUGAACUGAACGCUCAAAUUCGUUUAAACCCGAAAGAACCGUCUUCUGAUCUCGUUUUACGUUCUUGUGGCAAUAAAACAUGGCCAUAAAUGG